CUCUGCGGUAAUUCCACGGGUAAGCUAACGAAGCGAUAAGAUCUUAUCGGAGCGUCUUCAAGUGGUCCGCGAGUCUUAGCUUAACGCCUCUUCAAUCAUACAACAACUACCAUCUAUCUUCAAACCAUCCAUAAGUCGCUGCCUACGACGUUUCCAUCACCUCUUAUUUAAUCUGUGCUAAUAGCGCGAUCCUACAACCCUUGCACAAAUAAAUGUAACCGAAAAAAGGGUCAAAUAUCUAUCAAAAUGGGCAGCGGCGGAGAGGGGCGCAAAGGUCCCGAUGACGAAGGUACAAUUAACGUCGCUUCAAAGAAAGUCAUACGAGAUAGGCCAAACGGCAUAAUCAAACUAAAGAAGCCUGUACCGAAGCAACUAAAACCCGGCAAUUGGAGAGAUGGCAGCGUUGCCGAUGACGACAAGAAAUCUAAACCCUCCGAGAACCCUUCCGUCAUCGUUGGCGUCCCGUCUCCCGGACCCGUGGUCAACCAGUUAGACGAAAACUCCCGUGAGACCUUUGCGACCGGACGGCCUCUCGAAGAUAAUCUUAAUCUCCAACAAUGUAAACACUGCAAAAAGGGCAUUAUCAAAACUGCGGCGAAGGAACAUAUUGCGCAAUGCCUACGGAUUAAGAAAGAGAAAGCCCAGCGCAAAAAAGAGGCUAGGGAGGCUAGGGAACGAGCAAAAGAACAAGCGCGGGAAGAGGAAGCGCGCAAAGCCGACGAGGAUGGGGAUGCUAAGAUGAAUGAUGACAGUGGUGAUGAUGAUGAUGACGGUUCGCCCGAGAAAAAAGGAACGAGUGGAAAAGCAACUAAGAAGGUCGGUGGUAAGAAGCCGGACGGUGAGCCGAAGGGCAAAAAACGAAAGGCCGACGGUGAUGCCGACAAGGGACCAAAGAACAAGAAAAAGAAGGAGGAGCCGAAGCCAAAGGUUCCCAAGCCUAAAGGCCCCGUCGAUGUUGAGAAGCAAUGUGGUGUUAUAUUGCCUAACGGCCAACCAUGUGCGCGGUCUUUAACAUGCAAAAGCCACAGUAUGGGAGCUAAGCGUGCUGUUGCCGGUCGAUCGCUUCCUUACGAUAUGCUACUCGCUGCGUAUCAAAAGAAGAACCAGGCAAAACAACAAAAGGCCGCAUUGGAUGCAAACGCUCCGUUAGAAGACGACGACGACGCUAAUGCCGGACCAGUCGACUCUGACGAGGAGACUGCUGCUGUCAUGAGCGCGCUAGCACGAUGGAAUCCACAGCCCGUCAUGCCGCCGCCCGUUUUCGAGCCUAUUAGGAGGACUUAUCAACUAGCGCGUCUCCGUGAACAGCUCCACACGGCAACCAAUGGCGGGCGUACCAACAUUUUCAAGGUGGUCGGAUUUGGUGCUCAGAAGCUCCCCGAAAACCAUACCGAUACGAAUAUGGACCUAGACGACGCACCAGGGGAGCCAGACCUAGGAAUGAUGGGCGCGAUGGGCAUUCGACGGUCCUCAAGUUUUGGCAUGCAAGCCAAUUCACGACGACCGUCGGUAGCAAGCCGAGCUUAGGACUGACUGUUCUUAUGCGGCAUAUCGUAUGAGGAUAUCGAACAAGGAUAUCAAACGAAGGUCUACCCAGGUAAUUAGGUAAAUGCAUUUGGAUGGACCGGUCAUUAUCAUCAUCAUUAUUAUCAUCACGAUUAGGCGUUUAUCGGGGGAUACCAUAGCAAAGCGGGUGGUUUUAGGGUUUGAAUUUGUUUAACAGGAAAGCGAUUUGGGGGGCGUUAUACAAAGGUGGCAAGGUCAGCAGGUAUGCCAUGAUUUGCUGCCUCUUUGGUCCGGCGUUGAAAGGUUUUUGGUGCCAUAGGCCGUAUUUAGGAUUCAUAUGAUACCACUCAUCAAGUUCCAAUAAAGAGCAUGACUCGGAAUAGAAGCUGC